CUGCCCGUCACCCGAGGAGCACCGCUUCUGCCCGCGCCGCCAUGGACCCCGGACCCUGGAGUUGUGCCUCUUCUGAGGCUGCCGCGACCACGCUAGAGAAUCGUCGGGGUUUCCGCUAAACGGUUUUUUUGGUUUUUUUUUUCCCCUUGUCUUGUCUUUUCAACGAAAACACCCCAAGUUUGCAUGCUUCGGCAAAACUGGAUGUCCGCUUUGCCGCGUGCACGUGGUGCUUUGUACCUUUGGAGUUUAGACGUUCCUGAAGGAUUUAAAUUUGGCCCUAGUGGUUUUGCACUGCACGGCAACGGUUCUGGGAGAAAACGUUCUAGCACGCGGGCCGCGGCUGCGCUGCGCAGGUUAAAGGUGUGGAACAAAUGUGGAAAGAUGUUCACCUCAGAGAUAGGGGCUGUGGAGGAGUGGCUGUCAGAGUUUAAGACACUCCCAGAAACAUCUUUGCCAAAUUAUGCCACAAAUUUGAAAGACAAGAGUUCUUUAGUUUCAUCUCUCUAUAAAGUUAUCCAGGAACCACAAAGUGAGUUGCUCGAGCCCGUGUGUCACCAGCUCUUUGAGUUCUACCGCAGCGGGGAGGAGCAGCUGCUGCGGUUCACUUUGCAGUUCCUCCCGGAGCUCAUGUGGUGCUACCUCGCCGUGUCGGCCAGCAGAAGCGUGCACAGCAGCGGCUGCGUCGAGGCCCUUCUUCUAGGGGUCUAUAACCUGGAAAUAGUUGACAAACAGGGACAUAGUAAAGUACUGAGUUUCACAAUCCCAUCUUUAUCCAAACCAUCUGUGUACCAUGAACCUUCCAGCAUUGGGUCUAUGGCUCUGACGGAGAGUGCGCUGUCCCAGCAUGGCUUAUCCAGAGUUGUGUACAGUGGCCCCCAUCCCCAAAGGGAGAUGCUGACAGCACAGAACAGGUUUGAAGUGUUGACAUUCCUUUUGUUGUGUUAUAAUGCUGCCUUAACCUAUAUGCCCAGUGUUUCUCUUCAAUCACUGUGUCAGAUUUGUUCAAGAGUCUGUGUCUGUGGAUACCCCCGACAACAUGUAAGGAAAUACAAAGGCCUAAGCAGCAGGAUACCGAUUUCGUCUGGCUUCAUGGUGCAGAUGCUCACAGGAGUCUACUUUGCCCUAUAUAAUGGAGAAUGGGAUCUAGCUCAGAAAGCAUUGGAUGAUAUUAUCUACAGAGCCCAGCUAGAAUUAUAUCCAGAACCACUGCUGGUUGCUAAUGCAAUAAAGGCUUCAUUGUCUCAUGGUGCCAUGAAAUCUAGUAAGGAAGGCACAAGGUGUAUUCAAGUUGAAGUCACACCAACUUCCUCUAGAAUAUCAAGAAAUGCAGUUACCAGCAUGUCAAUAAGAGGUCACAGGUGGAAAAGACAUGGCACUUAGCAUGCAAGUUUUUCGUGUUGGAGUAGAACUAACCACCAGGACCUUGCAUUCUGCCUGGACCCCCUGGGAAAGAAUGCCAUGCUGCCACCACAGCACUACGCAUUUCUGUCUUCCAAAUGCGUCUUCAUUCAAGAUCGUAUUAGUACUCCUUCCUGUCUGCUUUAUUUUAUUAUUUUAAAAUGUUGCUGGAAGUUAAUUUCACUUGCCAUGCCAUCCUCAUGCUUUCCCAUUUCCCUCGCUUCUCUUUUAAUCUACUUCUUGUUUCAUUCCUUCUUCCUUUUAUAACUUCUCUCCUAUCUAGCAGUUAUGGUAGCAAGAAAGAGGAUUAAUACCACUGUUCUCAAAAGUGACCUUUGCAUGGGAGGCAGAAAGCCACUACUUUGCCCCAAGUGAGCAGGGAGCAUGUGUGCUCUGCUUUCUUCCUUCUCUGCACUGUAAUGAAAAUGGCAGCUCAACUUGGUAGACUGUGACUCCUGUCUGUGCUCCCUGUGGUCCACAGAGAAAACAAGAAAGAAAAGGAUGAAUCACAGAUCGUAAUGCAGAAAGCUAAUCCUGACUGAGAAGGCUUGCCAUUUUCUCUCAGACAUGCAAAGAGAGAAUGUGCCAAAAAAGAAUAAGGGUGAUGUUAUACAGUUUAACCAAUGAUCAUUGUUGAUCCUAAGUUACUGUAACAAGUCCUGAAGUCCAACAGGGAGGCAUAAAAAAGAUGGUAAUGUUUGCUAUUAGGCAAAUGCAAACUCCAUUUACACAUGCCAACCCCAAACAUACUUCAGUUCCUUCAGUGAAGUUAUGCUGUUAAAUGAGAAUAUACUACAGAAAAAAAAAGAUAAUUUAAUAGAUGUCCAGCAUCACUGUGUGAAAGCAGGUUGCAGAUGUGACAAACCAGGCCGUAAUGGCCACUGUGGACGCAAUCACUUCCAAACUACCACUUCAGAGAAAUGCCAGGGCGAGUUCUGAUUGCUUUCCUACCUUCCCUUCUUGCUGUUCAGAUUAGAAAUCAAGGGAGGGCAAGUUGUGGAAUAUACAAGUCAAACAUGAGAAAUUUUGACGUUCCCUAGUGUGUGUGGGUUUCUGAGAAAAAGAUACAUAUCCUGAAACAAGAAGGAAGUUAAUUUUUCAGAAACAUUUUGUCACAAAAAAUGACAACAACAACAACAAAAAAAAGACUACUUAUGUAUAUUGUAUCUGUGACGCCUUCAUGGAUCUAGAUUCCAUUGUGAUUGCUGCUUGCAGGGUUUGUACUCUAGCUCAGGCCACGACUUCAUUGAAAUAGCUUUUUUAUUACCUCUUCCCUUAUGUUUAUGCAGCCAUCAGAGCACUUGAGCACCUCUUGUUUAUGACAGCAAAAAUGUGGUAAAUGAGGAUAUACAAGAGAAUGAACGAAAUGAAUAAAUAAAUAAACACCCAGCAUGCUCCCCCUGGCACACAUAGAAUAUGGGUUAGCCUUAGUUGUCACUUCCUGGAGUGUGAGUUUCUCCUAUCCACUGGACUAUAAUAAAAUGACACUUGCUUAGUCAUACUUGUCUCUAUAGGGAGGCCACAGUAUCCUUUUUGAGAGUAGUUGGUCUUAGUUUGUUUCUAUUGCUCUAACAAAAUGCCCUAAACACCUCCCACUAGACCCCACCUCUCACACUGUCACACUAGGAGACUCGAAACCUCACCUUCCCAGAGAAGCAUCGUUCAUGAGCUUACCAUGUUCAACACUUCUCUAUAUCCUUUUGUUAAUUACAGAUGUAUGUUUUGUUUUGUUUUGUUUUUUUGGGGGGGCCUAGAUAUAUUAUUGUUCUGGCUUUCUAACCAGCACUGGUUUCUUGUGGAGAAGAUGGUUAUCAUUGUAUACUUCCUAAAUAUAUAAACAGUUCUUCAAUUUAAAAUAGAUUUAAAAUUGUCUUUAUAUGUAAAAUUUUAUGUAUUCUAUUUAUGUAACAAAGUAUAAGUAAAACUUUUUUUUAGAAAUAGUGUGAAAGGACUUAUAGAUUCCAGGGUGACCCACAGUGGCCCUUCUGUAUGCUCAUGUUUCUGAAGCAUGGUGCUAUGGAGGUCACUGCAGGUUAUGACUCUGCAGACACUAAGAGUCCCUGUGUGUGAUGGAAUCCUAAAUAAGCUUUCCUUUCAGCUCAUCUCCCAAGCCUGACACAGCCAGUCCCAUGGGAGGGCAUGUUCUUCUCUAUACUCUUCACCAUGUGACGCAGUCAGACUAGGAGUUUGUAGCCCUGUGCUCGUGGUGAUGGAGCCUGGGAAAGAAGGCAGGAAAAGCAACAUCGAUUUUAAGGAAUGUUCUAUUUUUCCUUCUUGACUCCUUUUUUUUUCCACUUGUGACAAAGACAAAGCAAUUCUUUCCUGUUGAGCUUUGUCUUCUUUCUUUAUUUAUUUAUUUGCUAUGAAGAGGCACCAUGAUGAAAGCAACUUAUAGAAGAGAGAGUUUAUGGGAGCUUGCAGUAUCAAGGGGCUAGAGUCCAUGGUCAUGGGGCGUGUGGCAGCAGGUGUGCAGCCACGGCCCUGGGGCAGGAGCUGAGCGCUCAUCUACCAUCCACAAGCCGGAGAAACAAAGAGAGAGCUAACUGGGAAUGGCAUGGGUCUCUGAAGCCACAAAGCCCUUUCCAGUGACUCAUUAUAAGGCCACACUCAUAAUCCCAAACAGUUCCACCAAAUAUAUGAACCUAUUGCAUC